CGCAUCGAGAUCUGCUGCAGGCGAAAAGGAUACAUGGGGACCUAUAAGAAAAUAUUUAGAAGUUUUUCGGACUCGCCCGUAAUUUUGAGAAGCAGUGAACACCUCGCUCUUCUUCUUCUCCUUCCUCUCACUCCGUAUGAAGUUUUGAGGUGAGAGACGAAGCACAUUGCUUAAAAACCUCUCUUUUAUCCUCUUUCUUGAUGAAAGAUUCUAUCUUGUGCUUUGUUUGAGCGUUUGAGCCUGUGCGGAUCUUCUCAAAGGGGCAAAUUUUGAGUGAUUGUUAGAACAUAAUGAGGAGAUUAGUUUGCUGUCGUCGCCGAGCUAAAGACAUCAGCCUUGAUUUCGAUGAGCAUCAGAGGAUAGUAACAACAUACAAUGGCCUAGAAAGCAUCCUCAACAGUUGCGCUUAUCACACUGAGAGUCACAAAGAAGGCAGCAGAGCAAGUGGAGGUGACGGCUGCACCAUCACGGACUCACCCGACGAAGAUGCCGCAUCCAGCUGCUCAUCUAGCAAAGAUGCCUAUGGCUCCUCUUUCUCCUCUCAGUGUAUGACAUCAAGACAAGAGGAGGAGCAGGCUUUAAUAGAGUGGGAACCUCUUAAGAGUCUUCAGAAUCUCUGUGUUAAAGGGAAGGCACCAAUUACUUACAGAAUGAAUGUUGCUGAUGUUGAAAAUAUGAAGGAAAGAUUUGCGAAGCUAUUGCUUGGUGAGGAUUCGUCGGGAGGAGCCAAUGGGAUGUGCACUGCUUUGGCUUUGUCCAAUGCUAUCGCAAAUUUAUCAGCUUCAAUAUUUGGCGAACUGUGGAAAUUGGAACCUUUAUCUGAAGAGCGAAAAUGCAAGUGGCGUAUGGAAAUGGACUGGUUGCUCUCUCCUACAAGCUACAUGGUAGAAUUAGUUCCUGCCAAGCAAAAUGGAGCAAAUGGCCGAAUGUUGGAGAUAAUGACUCCAAAGGCUCGUUCUGAUGUCCACAUGUCUCUCCCUGCUCUUCAAAAACUCGAUUCUAUGCUAAUUGAAGUUUUGGAUUCUAUGGUGAGCACAGAGUUCUGGUAUGCUGAGGGGGGUAGCAGAAACAAUGGCAAUAGGCAAAGCAAGAAAUGGUGGCUGCCCUCUCCCCGAGUUCCGGACUCUGGGCUCUCUCUUUCUCAGCGCAAAAGGCUUGGUUUCCAAGGAAAAUUUGUGUAUCAAGUCCUUAAGGCCGCCAAAUCCAUCAACGAACAAAUCGUCCUACAUAUUCCCAUUCCUGAUGUAGUAAAAGAUGCCCUUCCAAAGUCAGCAAAGGCUAGUUUGGGUAACGAUAUAUACGAAGCCAUAACUGCGGAGUCUAUCUCGGUUCAGGAAAUACUGAUUUCUCUCAAUUUGAGAAACGAGCAUUCUGUUCUGGACAUAAUGAACAGGUUACAGGGUGCAAUAUUUGCCUGGAAACAUUCUGUUUCUGAUGAAUCAAGCAAGAGAUUGCCGAUUCGAUAUCCUUGGUACUUUAUGAAGAACAAUGUAUCAGAAAUUGGAAAGGUCGGAGUGUGGAUAGAAAGAGCAGAGGCACUUGUUCAUCUACUCAAUAUCAGAUUUCCGAACCUUCCGCAAACCUUCAUUGAUGUCACAAAGGUCCAAUACAACAAGGAUGUUGGAUAUUCCAUUAUUGAAGCCUAUUCAAGAGUCCUUGUGAAUCUAUCAUUCAGCAUACUCUCAAGAAUUGGAGACAUCUUGCAAGAAGAUGAUCUAAAGAAGCCCACAACUCCAAUUGCCACCCUCAAGUUUGACUUCUUUUCCGACGUUUACCUUGCUGGAAUCACUGAAACACCCCCAGGGCACAUCAGGCGCUCGCUCAUCGAUCAGAUGAACAAGGUCGACGGGCGUUUUUGUAAUUCCAAGGAGGGCAAUGUGACUGAUGAUGAGGACUGCUUCUUUGAUAGCAGAGCAAGGAUUGUUACAGUAACUAAGAAUAGUCCUGGUAGGAUUAUUAGAGGAUUGUGUUAUGGAAAGGGAAGCUAAAAGCUUGCUGUGACAUAUAAGACAUCUGAGAUUUUGAAAAUGAUCAGUAUAUAAGAAUACAGCUGUUCUAUGUGAAUCAACUUUUUAAGUGCUAUAUAUAGUAUCGGAUCCAUUCUCUAGA